AUGGAAAAAGUUCUCUUUAAUAAAUGUAAUGCUUAUAAAUCUCUUCCAAAUGUUUUAUAUUCAUCAAAAUCAAAUCAAAUCAUACAAAUACAUAGAAGUAAAAGUUUACCAUCAUGUUUAAAAUUUCUAUAUGAAAAAUAUCAAUAUAAUAAAAAAUUAUCAAUAUUAAAACGAAUAAAUAUUAAAAAAAAUUCAAUUGAAAGAAAUAAUUAUCAUCCAACUAUUGGUGAAUUACUUGGUGAUGAUGAUUUAUUUCAUUACCAUUAUCAUAAACAAUAUAAUACAUCAAGAUUUAAACGACAACGACAUCAUUAUCGAUCAUAUUACCGUUCGUCUCAUAUUCAUCAUCAUUAUCGAAAACAUCAUCAUAAAAUAAAAGAAUUUCAAUAUCAAUCAUCACGAUUAUCAUGUUCAUGUAAUAAAUCAACAUCAGAGAUAAAAAAUCAAAUUUAUCUUUAUCCAACAACAACAUAUAAUUAUACACCAAUACCUACUUAUUGUUAUUAUUAUUAUUAUUCAAAUAUGUCUUCUUAUUAUCCAUAUUUCAUAUCGGAUUGUUACAAAAUUUUCUAUCAACAAGAACGAUAUUAUGAAAAUAUUAAUAUUUAA